AUGCCGUCGAAGAAGGGUAACUUUAAGGACACUGCUGAGAGUAGUGCAUCGAAAAGAGGUAACAUGGGAAAGAAGGAGUCCAAAGGUGGUAAUGCGGUCAAAGUCAGGCAUAUUUUGUGCGAAAAACAAGGGAAAGCAAUGGAAGCCAUUGAGAAAUUGAAAUCUGGUUUGAAAUUCAACGAAGUGGCUGCAAAAUACAGUGAAGAUAAGGCUAAAUUUGGGGGUGAUCUCGGUUGGAUGAUUCGUGGAUCAACUGUAGCUGCAUUCCAGGAUGCCGCAUUUGCUCUUCCGAAUAGUACCGUUGAUAAACCUGUGUAUACUGAUCCACCAGUGAAAACGAAAUUCGGUUAUCAUAUUAUCAUGGUUGAAGCUAAGAAGUGA